AUGGUUCGCUGUGUUGACAAACUGACGGACGAUCUUGUGGCCGAGAUCCUUUUUCGCCUGCCGAUCAAGUCCUUUCUCCGGUUCCAGUGCGUCUCCAAAUCCUGGUACGCCCUUUCCUCUGAUCCCUACUAUCACAGCAAGUUCCGUCGUGCUGCAUCUGGCCUCUUCUUCAGUGUCCCCGAUGGAGGCGCGGCGCCCAUUUACCGGGCGAGGAGAGGUAUCCAAUAUAUUAGCCUCUCAAACAAUAACGACGAUCUUGCCAUCAAUACCGCACUCAAUUUCUUGCCCAACUUAUGCAAUAUGGAGGUAAUCAGCUCCUGCAAUGGGCUGCUCCUCUGCCGGUCGUGGGUUGCACGAAGCUGUUCCAUGUCUCUAAACCCUUACGGCGUUGAGGAUCAAUCCCUCUAUGUCUGCAAUCCCGCCACUAGAGAGUGGGUCGUUGUUCCAGAAGCAAAUGAUAGAUACGGCUACCAAUACCUCGCUUUGGGCUUCGAUCCUUGUAUCUCCAAUCACUAUCAUGUCCUCUGCUUCGACUUCCACAAGAUCCUUAGGUUUAUGAUGUUCUCGAGUCAGACAAACGAGUGGGUCGUGAGCGAAGUCUCCGACGCUAAGAAGUAUCAUGAACCACAAGCUACUUUCUUCAAUGGAAUUUUCCAUGUUACAUAUGGUCUGAACCAAGUCUUAGGAAUUGACCUAGAAGGAAAGUUUUGCCACAGAAUUGAGCUGCCUGAAUCUGAUGGGAUAGAAUGUCUGAGACACUCGGGGGGUUAUUUGCAUUAUAUGCUGCAAAGCAAAGAUGAGAUAAAGGUCUGGAUGCUAACGGACUACCGUCAAGAGGAAUGGGUGUUGAAGCAUUGGAUUAAUAUCGGAGCUAUGUUACAAAAACAUGGGAUCCCUGAAACAAAAAAUAUUCGUAUCUUGGAAUUUGAUCCAGAUGUGGAUGUUUUCUUCCUUCGACUAGAACACAAAAUCUUCUCAUAUCACAUAAAGCAAGGUGGAUUGGAACAAGUUGGAGCCUUGUACUACGUAUACGGUCCAAGACGUUUUGUUUAUUCACCUUGCUUAUCGAAGAGGUUCGGUCUAAGAUGUUUUGUUUAUUCACCUUCUUUAUCGAAGGGGUUUGGCGAUUGUAACCGAAAAAAUGAAAAAAAAAAAGGGUUUGGCGAUGAGGAUGCCUAA